AUGAUAAUGAAGGGGAACGAAGAUGAUAUGAACAGGUUCCUCUUUUAUGCUCUGUUAGAGCGUGGCGUAAGGUAUCUCAGAAUAGUUUCCAAGUAUAUACGCUUUGGCAAACCAGCUCGGGAAGUUGCCGAGUUUAUACAGAGGCCAGGUGAAGGUCGCUAUACAAGGCUAGUUCGCAAGACUGUGGAUAUAGAAGUGAUUACUCAGCAGAACACGCGCACAAUUCAAGUGGAAGAGGGGUCAGCAACAAAAGCCAGAAGGUUUUCUGUAAGGAAGGAAAUGAAGCUAGAGGCGUCGAUUGGAGUCGUGAGAUACUGCUGCUACGUUGUCAAUGCCAAGGUCCAUGGUCUCAUUGAGCGAAAGGUCAUCUGGGAAGGGGGACAUGAUGCACCCGUGAUAACUGUCAUAUCGUUGUAUUCGGAGGGAUACUGCCUCACCACAAAACACGUGUUUAAAGGUAUCGGCAGGGGGUUCCGUAUGGAGAAUAGAGUUUGGACACCCAUCUUUUUGAGUCCCAAAGAUGAAGGCAUGUACAACGAACAUGCAGAAGCCCCUCAAUCCUGUCCCGUCUCCAGAGCCACCGAGAACGAAGACCAAGAGCCUUGCACAUCGGAGUCGGUUAUCAAAUUCUCAGGAAGACCAGUGCCCGAGGUGAUUGCAGACAGCACGACACAGGAAGGGGCUAGCGUUCAAGAAUUUAAUCCCCCUGUCCCAGAUCUCACUGUACCCGCCCAAAUCCAUCCAGGCGACGUAGAAUCUGUGCAACUAGCCAUCAGCUCAAGCUCGUACGACGAAAGCGAUUGGGAUUCUAGCGAUUAG